UUAAAUAAUUUAAGUAGAUCUAGUUACGUUCAUAUAAUUGUAAAAUAAGGGUGAAGUUUUCUCUCUCCCCUCCCUCUCUCUAUCUCUCUUCUCACUAACUCUUUCUUUCUCUUUCUUUCCUAUCUCCUUUGUCGACUCUCUACCCCUUCUCACUCUUAAUCUUAAUGGUUCGCCCCCACGAUUCUAUGUUCUCUCUCUCUCUCUCUCUCUCUCUCUCUCUCUCUCUCUCUCUCUCUCUCUCUCUCUCUCUUUCUCUCUCUCUCUCUCCCUUCUGCUACAUCGUGCAUGCUUUCCCUCUCUCUCGUGUGCAUCGCUCUCUUUCUUUCCUUCUGCAUGUCAUGGCCUCACACACAUAUGGUUGUAGCAUAAAUUAUUUUUAUCGUUACGUAUACCUCAACGACUUACCCUAUCUUCAUAAAAGAGUACAUUUUAUCGAUAUUAUAUCAUAAUUAUCGAGAGCAUACAAGCAACAAUCAAAAUUAUCAUAUUCAGCGAAUGUUUCUUUCUUUCUCCCAUGCGUAAUCGUUAAUUCCUAAAACCAAAAGCGUUCUUGCGUUCCUCUUUUUCACGGUUAUUUUUAAAUCGCGCGCGACGCAGAAGUGCGUCGUCUAGAGUCGACUACGAAGACUAGAUCACAAAUGCCGCCUUCGCAUAAAAACGAUCGUGUAAUAAACAAUGGCCACGACACAACUGAAUAGGGCACGAACAAUUAAGAAAAUCGAAAAACCUCGGCCACUCAAACUUAAUCAGCGCCAUACGACCGUCGAUGGACGGAUCACGACAGUGGAGGACAUAGUGUCCUUAAUCGACAAUGUUACGAUGCAAUUAACUAAUGGCUUCCAUGACCAAACGCUACAAAUGAAUGUGAUUACAAUGUGUAAUCAUCUCAAACUUUAUGCACAUCAGCUAGAAGCUAUUUACAAAGAUCAGCUGGACAGAGCUUUUGUUGCAAUAAGGAAUGGAAGUCAAGACGAGAGACUAGAUCUGACGACUAGGGUUCAUUUGCUGGAACUUAUAGAAUUAAGAGCUAAACAAUGGCGUCACACAGACUCUAUGGAUGUAUAUUACACUCAUAAAUUAUCGCACCUUGAUAAUACAGAAGGAACUCUAGAAACACUUGUGAAUCCAUUGGCUUCACCUUUGACAGUAGUUUCACCUACUGCUACUUCUAUCCUGGGUCCUGGUGAAGUAAUAAAAAAUAGUGGCAAAUUUGCAAAACCUACUCGGAUUCCUGGUAAAAAUUAUUGCAAGGAUGAAGUUGUUAUACGCAACAGUGAUUCUGGUAAAGUGAUGGGAAUAAAAGGGCGUCGUGUUCACAUGAUUGAAGAACUGAGCCAGACGAUCAUCUCCUUCCAGCGAGUAAACCCUGGGGCUAAAGAACGACUUGUCCAAAUAACUGGUACUUCCGAGGACAAGAUACAUUAUGCGAAGGAUUUAAUAAAGGAUACGAUUCAACGAAAUGCAUCCCCGGUACGGUUGGAGCAAGGUGGAGGAGAAAAAGGAGGUAUAGGAGGUUCAAGUUCUUCUUUAAAUAGUAGUGCAUCUGAAGAAAGUAAUCGAUUGCAACAACACCAACAACAGAAUUCUCGUUUGAGAAGUUCACUCCUUCAUAGCUUCUCCACCAACGACGCCAGUAUUGGCGAAUAUAAAUAUACAGUUACAGUCGAUAAUCAAUCCCUUAAGAUUACAGGAACAAAUUUGGAUCUUGUUAGGACUGCAAAGUUAGUACUGGAUGAAUAUUUCUUAGGAGAUUCUGAGCAAUUUGGAAGUGGAAUAGAAUAUUUUACUUUUGAUGAAAAACCUGUUUCAUCUGAUAACAAUUUAUCACAAACACCAUUAACUCCAAGUAAUACCGUUUCAUUAGGACGAGAAUUAAGUAUGGAUAGUGCAGCUACUUCAGAAAGUGAAGAAACAUAUAAAUCACAUCUUGCUACAGAACUUCAAUCGUCUGAUCAAGAUCCAGAAAUCAGAGAACUCACUUAUGAGUUCCUGCUGCUAUGUUCCACAGGCCCUUAUGCAAAACGGCCUCCUGCAGAUUGGGCUCGUAUACAAAAGGAAUGCCCGAAUAUUGUUCGUAAGGCACCGAUUCGCUGGUUCGAACCGGAGACAUACAAAGCAAAAGUAGCAGCAGCUGGUGUCAUUGCAAUAUUACCUGCUGGUGAAGGAGAAACAGAUCCUGAGUGAGAUUAUAUUUUCAAAUCAUGCUUAUAUACAUUGCACAUAGAGAAACAAAAUCUUCCAAUUUAUCUCGUGCCUUCUUGCGAAUGCAUUGUGAUAAUUUAUAUGAUGGCAGUAACAAAAAACAACUGUCAGAUACAUGUACUUUUGCAAUUGUACUAAAAUAUGUAUUGUGAUUUUAUGGAAA